AUGUCUGAGCGAAAGACACUCAACAAAUACUACCCCCCGAACUUCGACCCCUCGAAGCUCGAGCGGCGCAACCGGAAGCCAAAAGGCAAGGAUGCGGUCGUCAAACUCCAGACCGUCCGACUGAUGACGCCGUACUCGAUGAAAUGCACCAGCUGCGGCGAGUACAUCUACAAAGGCAAGAAAUUCAACGCGCGCAAGGAAAACACGGGCGAGAAAUACCUCGGCAUAGCGAUCCUGCGGUUCCACAUCAGAUGCACGCGGUGCUCGGCCGAGAUCACGUUCAAGACCGAUCCGAAGAACUCGGACUACGUCUCCGAGCGGGGCGCGGUGCGCAAUUUCGAGCCCUGGCGCGAUCCGGAGAAUAAAGACGAGACAGAGGAGGAGCGGUUGGAUAGGUUGGAGAAGCAGGAGGAAGAGAACGCGAUGAAGGAGCUUGAGACGAAAGCUGUCGACUCGAAGCGCGAGAUGGAGAUCGAUGACGCGCUCGAUGAGUUACGCACCAGAAACGCGCUUACUGAACAUGUCAACCCUGAAAAAUUGCUCGAGCUUUCAAAGCAGGAAGACGAUGCGGCAGCUGUUGAAGCCAGACGGAAACAAGAUGAAGAGGAUGCCGAAGAAGCGCGAAAGGCCUUCGCUGAAGCUCGCAAACGGUCCGCCAGCGCUGAACCAAAACCUGAUACUGCUCCUCAUCCUCCACCUGCUGCUGCUGCGUCGACUAAGAAACCGACGCAAAAACAAAUAAGUCCUCUCGACCUACUCAGGAAACGAAAGAGCGGGUUAAAUUCCGCAAACUUGGGGAUCAUGAAAAAGCCCAAAGCUGUACAAUAG